AUGGCGAAGGUGAGGACAGUGAAUGUGUUGUUGCAGCUGCUGAUGGUUUUCUACAUUUGGUGCAAGAAAGACGUCAGAUGUUCUGUCGGUGCAGAUGAAGUCCGUUAUCCUAACUCUGUCCUGCUAACUGUUAUUUUCCAGAUUGUGUUUUUCGAGGACCGGGACUUCCAGGGAAAGUCCUACGACUGCAAAGGUGACUCUGCCGACCUGCAGAGCUUCAUCCGGCGGUGCAACUCGGUGAAGGUGGACGACGGCUGGUGGGUUCUGUACGAGCGCAACAACUACACAGGCUACCAGUACGUCAUCGGCCCAGGGAAGUACAACGACUACCGCCACUGGAUGGGCUUUAAUGACUGCGUCAGGUCCUGCAGGAUCAUCAAACACGCCAAAGGGCCAUUCAAGAUGAGGCUGUACGACCGGCCCAACUUUAGCGGCAAUUCUUUGGAGCUGACAGACAACUCCAAGUCCAUCCAGGAGAAAUGGCUCAGACAAGAUGUCCAGUCCUGCAAGGUCCUGGAAGGUUCCUGGAUUUUCUUUGAACAUCCCAACUUCUGCGGUCGGCAGUACCUGCUGGAGAAAGGAGACUACCGGCACCACUCCGAGUGGGGAGCUCAGAAGUCCACCGUGGGCUCCGUCAGAGCCAUCAUCGAGCUGAGAGUCCCAACUGCUUAGAGUCUCUUAACGUGUAAUGUACUGCACUGCAAUAAAUGUGCUCCAUGCAAAUGUUUGUUUGUGUCUUUUUGAAGCUAAAU